GUUAGCAGCCAACCGACGUCGUCUCAUUUCUCUACUCUAAAACCGGCACCAUGUCCGCCGUUUCGCGCGUCCUAGUGCGCUCGCGCCUCGCCGCGGUCCGCCGCGCGCCGCUCCAGCUUCGGUCCCUGUCUGCACUCUCCCGCCCUGCUCUCGCUCGCCCCGCUGCUGUCUCGGUUGUCCGCCUUCAGCCUGCGCAACUGCGCUUCGCAAGCUCCGCUGCGGCAGUCGCGGAGGCCGAGGAGGCUGCUCCGGAAUGGCCUGUGCGCGAGGCGCCGCCCCUUACCGAGAAGGACGUGAAGCGCCUCACGCGCCAGCGCAACAUCGGAAUCUCUGCGCACAUUGACUCCGGCAAGACCACUCUCACUGAGCGUGUCCUCUACUAUACCGGCCGUGUGCGCGACGUCCACGAGGUUCGUGGCCGUGACGGCGUCGGCGCCAAAAUGGACUCUAUGGACCUCGAGCGUGAGAAGGGUAUCACGAUCCAGUCCGCCGCGACCUUCGCCGACUGGGUGUCGCUCCCGCCGCCCAACGAGUGGCCCGAGGACAAGCAGCCUGGUGCCAACGAGCCUGAGAAGGAGAAGUUUGCACUGAACAUCAUCGACACGCCCGGUCACGUCGACUUCACCAUCGAGGUCGAGCGUGCGCUCCGUGUGCUCGACGGUGCAGUUCUCGUCCUCUGCUCGGUUUCGGGCGUGCAGUCCCAGACCAUCACCGUCGACCGCCAGAUGAAGCGCUACAACGUUCCCCGCGUGUGCUUCAUCAACAAGAUGGACCGCGCUGGCGCUAACCCUUGGCGUGUUAUCGACCAGCUCCGCAACAAGCUUAGAAUGAACGCUGCGGCCGUCCAGAUUCCCAUUGGGUCGGAGGACGCUCUUGAUGGCGUCGUUGACAUUAUCCGCAUGAAGGCGCUCCGUUUCCGCGGCGUCAAGGGUAACGAGGUGGUCGAGGAGCCUGUUCCUGAAGAGCUUAAAGAGCUCGCUGAAGCCAAGCGCCAGGAGCUCAUCGAGCACAUUGCGGAGGCGGACGAGGAGAUCUCGGACAAAUUCCUGAUGGAGGAGCCCAUCACCAACCUCGACAUCACGCAGGCGAUCCGCCGCGCCACCGUCAACCUCAAGUUCACUCCGGUGUUCAUGGGCUCGGCCAUCAAGAACACAGGUGUCCAGGCCAUGCUUGACGGCGUCACUGCCUACCUCCCCGACCCUUCGGAGGUGGCUGCCAACGCCAUCGACACCGAGCUCCCCGCUGAGGCCCCGACCGUGCCCCUUUCCGGUGCGGAGGACGCGCCGUUUGUCGGCCUCGCAUUCAAGCUCGAGGAGGGCCGCUACGGUCAGCUUACCUACGUCCGCGUUUACCAAGGCGAGCUUCGCAAGGGCGGGCUCAUUUUCAACGCUCGCACUGGCAAGAAGGUUAAGGUCCCGCGCCUGGUGCGCAUGCACGCCGACGAGAUGGAGGAUGUCGACUCGAUCAAGGCGGGGGAAAUCUGCGCCAUGUUCGGUGUUGAAUGCUCGUCGGGCGACACUUUCACGGACGGCAACUCGUCGUUGUCGAUGACGUCCAUGUUCGUGCCCGAGCCUGUCAUUUCGCUCUCGCUCCGCCCCGAAGGCCAAGAGACGCCCAACUUUUCGCGCGCGCUCAACCGCUUCCAGAAGGAGGACCCGACAUUCCGCGUGCACCUCGACCCGGAGUCGCAGGAGACGAUUAUUAGCGGCAUGGGCGAGCUGCACCUCGACAUCUAUGUGGAGCGCAUGAAGCGCGAGUACAACGUGUCGUGCGUUACGGGCAAGCCGCGCGUUGCGUUCCGCGAGACGAUUACGCAGCCAGCCAAGUUCGAGUACACGCACAAGAAGCAGACAGGUGGUUCGGGCCAGUUCGGUCGUGUCAAGGGCUACAUUGAGCCGAUGGAGCACGACGCGGAUACGGGCAAGGACACGGAGUUUGUGAACCGCAUCAUCGGCGGCAACAUCCCGACGGGCUUCAUCCCGGCCAUCGAGAAGGGUUUCCAGGAGGCGCUGGACCGCGGCCUGCUUACGGGCCACGUGAUCAACGGCGUCCGCUUCGUCCUCGAGGACGGUCAGCACCACGCCGUCGACUCGAGCGAACUGGCGUUCCGCCUGGCGGCAAUUGGCGCGUUCAAGGAGGCGUUCCACAAGGCGGGGCCAGUCGUGCUGGAGCCGAUUAUGAAUGUGGAGAUUAUUGCGCCCGUCGAGUUCCAGGGCGCUGUCAUCGGCGGCAUCAACCAGCGCAAGGGCAAUAUCUUGGACAGCGAGAUCCGUGACGACGAGUUUACGCUGCAGGCUGAGGUUGCGCUCAACGACAUGUUCGGGUACUCGUCAAGCCUGCGCGGCAUUACCCAGGGCAAGGGCGAAUUUACGAUGGAGUGGGUCAAGUACGCGCCUGUCAUGCCGAAUGUUCAGCGCGACAUGACCGAGGCGUUCCGCAAGAAGCAGCUCGGCAACUAAAAGCCAACCCAGUCCCCCCACUCGUAUACCGUAUAUGUAGAUCUGUACCACUACACCAGCCUGCCACCAGCCACCAGCCACUAGCCACUAGCCACUAGACGACCAGCAUGCAUCUCCUCUCAUUUCCUCUU